AUAGAAUGGCAAUAUUUGCUACACUUGUUCGUGUUGAGUCUUUCCUUGAUUUAUGAAGGGUUACCCAGUGCUUGGGUAAUAUUUGUCAUUUCUAACUUUUAGUAACUUCUCCAUUCAGCAUUCUCCACAUGUGUAUUUGAUUCUUUUCCCUCCCUAAUCAUGAACCCAUCUCUAACUGGAGGUUUAGCCCCACCCCAGGCGUUAACACUCAAGAAAGCCGCGAAACGCCCGAAACCGGCGUCCCAGGCUAUUCCCAAAACUAAAUCAGCCAAAGUGCCCAAGCGUCGCGUUAAUCGCUUCAAUGGCAUGACUGAAGAGGAAGUAGCCCUACGCGGUUUACCCGAUUAUUUGCGAGAAGGCCUGGACAUUGUGUUCAUUGGGAUCAAUCCCAGUUUAGCCGCAGCUUACAGCGGCAAAUACUAUGACGGGCCGGGAAAUCACUUUUGGCAAGCCCUCUUUCUCUCGGGCCUCAUCGACAAACCCAUGGGACCGCACGAUGACUACAAGCUCAUGGACAUGGGCAUUGGUUUCACCAAUGUGUGUCCCAGAACCACUCGAGGCGUGGCUGACCUGUCCAAGGCCGAAAUCGCGGCGGGUGCUGUGGUGCUCAAGGAGAAAUUACUCAAAUACCGUCCCAAGAUCGCCGUGUUCAAUGGCAAAUCCAUUUACCAAGUGUACAGUGAGAGCAAGAAGUUCAUGUUUGGUCGGCAACCGGAGCCCUUGGACCAUGAAGGCAGCACCUGGAUUUGGGUCAUGCCUAGUUCGUCGGCCCGUUGUGCUCAGUUGCCGCGGGCCGUGGAUAAAGUACCCUUCUUUUCGGCAUUGAUUAAAUUCCGGGACUUUCUCCACGGCAAGACCGCCGAGCCGGACGAGGCCGAAAUUGUAUUUGCCAAUGUAGUGCUCAAGAACGCCCCUCGGAGACCUAAGGUCAAGGUGGAACAAGAGGAACCGCCGGCCGAGGACUCAAUAUGAAGGCCACGAACUGGAAGGCGAGGGCCUGUCAAAGUUACCGGGACGUGUGGUGGAAAUAAAGAGCGCCUGACAUGUCAGGCCAGUUUCCAAUCAGAA